GUGGUGGUGCGGGCGAGGGCAUUUCUGGGAACUGACGCCUCACCUGAACCAGAGGGGAUGAAUACUUCAUGAAGCCGAAGCAUGAUGAAAGGAAUGAGGGGAGGAUUUUGUUUUUUUUUUUCAUGUCACUGUGACUCAGCACAAAGUUCCUUCUCAAAUCCGCCUCUCUCCCCCUCCGGUCUUGGACACACAUCCUCUCCUCUGUGCUUUUCAGGUCGGUGUUGACAUGCAGGUCGUGCUCUUUGUCGCUUUUUGGCUCCAGGUUUGGACCUCUGUAACGGGAUAUCCGUCCGGAGCUCCGGUCGGCAGGUGCGUGGACAUGACCCCUCAACACGGCGCCCCGGCGCAGUCGGGUCCGUCUCCUUACACCAUCGCCGUCAGCAACACCACCUUCAGCACCAAUCAGGCCAUCACAGUGACGAUUGAGGGCCCGGUGUACGCCGGCUUGCUCCUGAAGGCUCGAUCCGGCGCCAGCACUGACGCUGUGGGGACCUGGGGACCUCCACCACUCAAUACCCAAUACUUAUCGUGCUCAGGAACCCAAAGUGCCAUCACACACUCCAACAGGAACAGUAAGAGCAGCAGUACCAUCUACACCUGGAUUCCUCCAGCGUCCGUCACCACCGCCUUCAUCACGGCCACUGUAGUCUCAAAUAAAACCACUUUCUGGGUAAACCUCACAUCAGCAACGCUGACCAGAGGUGGAAAUGGCAAUGCAGCAGCUGAUCACAAGAUGGCAGUCACACCUGUUCUGUUUCUCACGCUCCUGAUGUCCACGCUGGUCCAAUACUCAGUUUGUGCAUCCUCAGCGACUUCCCCUUAGUCCAGUCUAAUCAACAAACAUAGCUGAGAAUAAAGCAAAUGUAGCAAGGUGUCAGGGUCUGUUUAUAUUCAGAGUGAUUAAUGAAUGAAGGGUGAAAUGAAGAUGUUUAAUAAAGGCAACAUCUGAUUGGAAAUGUU